CUCACCGCUCGUAACUGCACACAUGCUACGCACAAUGCCAGCCAGAGAUAAGUAGGGUCCUUGUGCUGUGAAUCCUUCAAAAACAGCAGGUAUAAUGUCCGUCGCAGUGUCUAGUGACUUGUUUUAUAACUUUUGAUCUUGAAUGUAUUCGGUUUUGGUUGUUAAUAGUUGCCUCACGUAGGCUAUCCAGGGAAGAUGAGUUUAGAGCGUUGGGUGAUUCUUUCAAGACGUGUUACUCGCUAUUUAGACUAGCUUAGCCUCCAUAUAGAAAACGUGUCUUUAAAGUCAUGGAUGUAAAUCUAAAUGUUUUAUUAUGACGACGCCAGGUGAGCCAGUCGCCUUAGUCUAGUGAGACCGAGCGCGCAUCGUCCGCAGACAGUGCAAAGCACUGUUGUCGAGCGGUGCUGCGCAUCGUGAUUUUAAUCGAGGAUUAAGCUGCCCAACACCGAGGAAGGACGAGGUACACCGACAUGGGUUCUGUUCUUUUUGACGGACGGCCGCCGCACCUCCUCCUCCCCCUCCUCCUCCUCCUGCCGGCCCUGCUCCUGCUCUGCUCUGCCGAGCGCACCUGCCCCAACAGCUGCCGCUGCGAGGGGAAGAUCGUCCACUGUGAGUCGGCCGGCUUCCAGGACGUCCCCGAGAACAUCUCGGUGGGGUGCCAGGGCCUGUCCCUGCGCUACAAUGACCUGCACACCCUGCUGCCUUACCAGUUCGCCCACCUUAACCAACUCCUGUGGCUCUACCUGGACCACAACCAGAUCUCCGCCCUGGACAGCCGGGCGCUUCAGGGCGUCCGCCGGCUGAAGGAGUUGAUCCUGAGCUCCAACCGGAUCACGUCGCUCCACAACGCCACCUUCCACGGGGUGCCCAACCUGCGCAGCCUGGAUCUCAGCUACAACAAGCUGGAGGUUCUGCAGGCGGGGCAGUUCCACGGGCUCCGGAAGUUGCAGAACCUUCACCUGCGUUCCAACGGGCUCACCAACGUCCCCAUACGAGCCUUUCUUGAGUGCCGGAGUUUGGAGUUUCUGGACCUGGGCUACAACCGCAUCAAGGUGCUGACCAGGACCACCUUCCUGGGCCUGCAAAGGCUCAUGGAGCUGCAUCUCGAGCACAACCAGUUCUCCAGGAUCAACUUCUUUCUGUUUCCGCGCCUGGCCAACCUUCGGUCCCUCUACCUGCAGUGGAACCGCAUCCGAGCGGUGAACCAGGGCCUGCCCUGGACCUGGCACACCCUGCAGAAGCUCGACCUCUCUGGAAACGAGAUCCAGGCCCUGGAUCCGGCCGUGUUCCACUGCCUGCCCAACCUCCAGAUCCUCAACCUGGAGUCCAACAAGCUGGCCAACGUCUCCCAGGAGGCGGUGUCUGCCUGGAUCUCCCUGACCUCCAUCAGCCUGGCGGGCAACAUGUGGGACUGUGGGACUGGCAUCUGCCCCCUGGUGGCCUGGCUGAGGAACUUCAGAGGCACCAAAGACACCACCAUGAUCUGCAGCAGCCCUAAGUCCCUGCAGGGCGAGAAAAUCAUGGAGGCGACCAGGAACAGCGCCAUCUGUGACGAGAGUGAGUAUUUCCAAACGGAGACCCCCUCACCAACGCCAGAACUAAUUCCCGAGACCACCCCCGACCCCACCUUCGCUCCCACCAACCCGCCUCCGCCCCUCCCCCCACCAACCACCCUGUCGCCCCUUCCACCGCCCCGACCCCAGCCCCUCCCACGCCCCACCUUCCCCAGCCAAGGAGGGAUGGACCCCCGCGACGCCCCUCCCCGCGCCCCGCCCUCCCUCGACAGCCCGCCGCUCACCCUGUCCCCCGAACUGCAGCACAUGUCCUUCCACAAGGUGGUGGUGGGAAGCGUGGCGCUUUUCUUCUCCGCGUCGCUCGUCCUCACCGUCCUGUACGUGGCGUGGAGGCGUUACCCGGGCGCCGCUCGCCUGCUGCAGCAGCGCUCCAUGGUGGGGCGCAAACGCCGGAAAAAGAGCCCUGAGCCGGAGCAGAACUUGAGCUCCCAGCUACAGGAGUACUACAUGAGUUAUAAUCCGGCCGCCAACCCAGAGGUUCUGGAGGUGCUGGGCAACGGCUCUGGGGCGUGCACCUGCACCAUCUCAGGCUCCAGGGAAUGCGAGAAUGAAUACAUAUGCUCCCGUCCCCUGCCUGGAUCCUGGCCUGGAGAUGUUACAACCAUCCACUAGAGCACCAUCCCAGCGGGAUCCCCUCUGCUGGGGGUCCGGAGGGGCCCGGGUCUGCCCCCCCCAGCCUGGUCUCUCCUCCCGUUC